AUGGAUUCCUUCAAAACGCUUCAGACAGAGAUCUCGGCUGCCCUGAAGUCGACCACCAAGUCUGCCUCCCUAAUAGGCGCAGCAGACAUUUCCUUUCAACGGUCGCUCAACCCCGAAGCUGGCACACAGCUGGAUGCUCAGAAUGCGCGCCUCCUUCACCUUGCGCAGCGACUUCUCGAGAAUGCUGCUGCGAGUUCGGACGCUGUAGGUCCCAAGCUACCCGACGUCGAAGCCAUAGACGCCAAUUGGAGGGGGGUUGUUGAUGUCAUCGACAGCUUGCUUGAGAAGGCCGACACCAGUCUCGAUGAGUACACGGGUGUUGUCAAGCGACUGAGUCCCGCGACCGAGCAGACAACCGCGAAGCCGCGCCCAAACAUCGCCGACAAAAAGAUUAUCGCAAAGCCCCAGCUUAAAUUUGAGCAUUUGCCCGCCAAUUACGAGUCUGGCGGCUUCCGCCCUUUGGUCACAGCGAAGCCGCACGCGAAGAUACCGCUCGAGAAAUGUUUGGAAACUUUCAAAGACAGACGCGGACGGGAACAAUACCCUCACCCGUACCAGACCGAGAUCGAAACCUACGAAUAUCCUUCGACCGUAUACGAGUACUCCGAGCCGCAGCAAUACCCACCCUUCGAAUCUACCACUGCAACUUUGGUCGAUACCCCUGAAGCACUAGCUACUAUGCUCUCAGAGCUGAAGACCGCAAAGGAAAUCGCUAUUGACCUGGAACACCACGACAACCGCUCCUACAUCGGCAUGGUUUCGCUAAUGCAAAUAAGUACGCGCGACAAGGACUGGAUAGUCGACACACUGAAGCCCUGGCGGCGGAAGCUCGAGUGCCUGAACGAGGUGUUCGCCGAUCCCAAUAUCUUGAAGGUUCUACACGGUGCAUACAUGGACAUCGUCUGGCUUCAACGAGACCUUGGGCUUUAUGUCGUUGGCCUCUUUGACACGUACCACGCUGCUCGAGCUCUUGGCUAUCCUGGUGCGAGUCUGGCUUACCUGCUUGAGAGGCAUGUUCAGUUCACAGCCCAGAAACAGUACCAACUGGCAGAUUGGCGCACUAGGCCGCUCAGCAAGGAACUGUUCGAAUACGCACGCGCCGACACCCAUUUCCUCCUUUAUGUAUACGACAACAUGCGGAACGAAUUAGUUGAGAAGUCUGACUUCUCUAACCCCGAGAAAAACAAGGUUCAGGACGUACUGCAAAAAUCGAAAGAGACGGCGUUACAGCGAUACGAACACCCUGUUUACGAUAUGGAGAUGGGUCUUGGAGCAGCUGGUUGGUACAAACUCGUCUCACGGACACCUGUGCAGUUUACCCCACAGCAGUUUUCAGUCUUCCGAGCUGUGCAUAGGUGGAGAGACGACCUCAGUCGGAAGGAAGACGAAAGCCCGCUUUUCAUCAUGCCCAACCACGCCGUGUUCUCUGUAGCUCGUGCGAUACCUGCGGAUAAGGCUGCUCUCUUCAACGCUAUCCAACACGUGUCGCACAUCAUUCGAGCCCAUGCGGACGAGCUCGUAGCUGUGAUCGCAAAGGCUAAGGAGGAGGGCGUUGGGGGACCGGAGUUGCAUAGCGUGCUUCAGACGAUUGCCGACAUGCAAAAAGCGGAAAGGGCUGAGUCUUAUGCUGCUGCUGCGAAGGUAGCAGAGGCGACUGCAGCUCCAGCUGUUGAGGCCGCAGCACUUGAGAGUACCGUUGCUGUCCCAGCUACUCGCGCUUCGUCUUCUGAGUUCUGGGGACAACUGUGGAAAGCCAGCCAGCCGUCACAGCAGCGGGAAACUCCCACCAUUGAUAUCGGUCUCGCUCUGCCAUUACCACCUCUUACCGCAGAAAUAUUUGCUGAUGCAAACGGAAUGACACAAGCUGCACUAAAGGCGGAGAAACCGCAGCACACUUUUGUACCGAAAGAGGAGAGACCUGCUGAAGACCAACGAACCGACACGUUUGUCGUCAGGCACCUCGGUAGUCGCAAGCGAAAGCGAGGAAACGCAGUAGAAGACGAACCCUCCACCACAACGCCAGCCCUCGACCCUAUGACCAACGACGAAAUCAUGCUAGACGCAUCCGAGGAAACACCAGACGCAGAUCACGCACAUGCCAAGGCCGCUAGGAAAGCCGCACGUAAGCAAAAGAAGAAGAAUGACGCUGCUGCCCGCGCCGCUGGUCUUGACUACGGUAACGAGCCUGCAUUCGACUACGCAAACGCCAAGUCGGUACUGCAUGCAGAAGAUGGCGAUGGCAAGAAGAAGAAGAAGGACAAGAAAAAGAAGAGUGCAGCCUUCGCGCCUUUCUCGGGUAUGUCCGAUGCACCGAAGGGACUACCGAGGGCGCAAAAGGAAGUCCCAGGACGAAGCAAGACGUUUACAAGAUAG